UGUGGAUGUAUAUAAACACAAUAAACAGAAUACCCACAUCAUACCAGAGUAUCCCGAACCGGUCAGUUUCAAUCUGAGUCGCAUAUACAAUUCGUUCGAGGACAUAAACGCCUAUUACGAAGCGGUGUUACCUAUUCAUCGUUUUGUGAACCAUAUGGACCACCACUUCGUCUUCAGGGUGAAAGCAGUCACUCCGGGCGCAAACCAGUUACACGUUGUAAUGUCGCGUAUGAAUUGCCUUCCCGUCUACAAAGUUCCUCAAGUGCAUUUCGGGUCGCAGCUGAGCCAAACGUUCCCGGAGGAAACCCACUACAAAGAGGCCCGGGAAUUCAUCGAACGCAUGGGCAAAGACGAAGUAGUGGGCGUUUUUAUCACUAAACACAAACAGGAUCAGGCCCAACUCGAGGAAUACGACAGCGACCAACAGGAGUUCGAAGAGAACUUGAACAAGUUUUUAGAAGGGUCGCGUCUCGGAAAGGUGCCUGACAACGAUGAAGCUAACCGGAAGUCCAAAGAACCAGUCGAGAAGGAGAUGCAAGAAACUAGCGCCGAAAAUUUAAAAGCCGUAGGCGCCGCCGCGACCGCCGAAGGGGAGGUUAAUCACACAGAAGCCAUGACCUUCGCAGAAAAAUACCGCGCUGUACAGGAAACGGCAUCUACGGACGAAAGGAUACGAUACCUCAGAUAUCUGAACCUUCAGGACGCCAUCAAGUGCUAUGAAAAAUACAAACAAAACGUGGACCCCCCAUCCGACGAUGAACUUUAUACUAAUGUGCCUAAAUCGCUUAACUUAAGGACAACAAUAAGUUCAUGGGGCCGCCGAUGUCCGGUCGCUUUUGCACACGGAUUGUUACUGAGGGGGCGGUCGAAAUACGUUGCGAGGUACCACGACAAGUAUUAUUUCCUGUCGACAAAAAAGGCCCUGAAGAAGUUCGUCAUUGAUCCUGACCGCUAUCUGUUUCCCGCUUUCCCGAUAUCGACGUGCAACGUCUUGGUCACUGGGCAUCCCAUCUGUGGCAAAACGUUCGUCGCUGAAGCAAUAGCGAGCUAUUACAACGCAGUGGUCGUAGAUUUCACAAGCCUACGACGAGAAGCGAGACUGUAUAAGUACAAGGCGAAGCUGAAGCUCUUAGACGACAUCACACGGUCGGAAAGUCUUAAGUACGUCAACGACGUCGGUGUGGACGUCUACGUGAACGAUGAAUUCGAAAGGCAUGAGGAUUUCAUCGACUGGUUUGUUAUGGCAUUCCGGCUCAUGUACUUCCGAGCUUACAUCUGUCCGCCUGAAAACAUCAUGACACUGCCCAGGAAACACGGAUGCGUACUGCCAAAAAAAAUAAAAAGGGCAAUGUCGGAUAUAGAAGAACUGAAGCCGACAAACGUAUUCAGUAGGUUUUUCAAGCACAUCGCCUUUCACAGCACUGAAGAAGAACAGAAUACAAAGGAAAUUUAUAUACAAAUAAUAAAAAACAUAACUGAUAAGGUCGUGUCGACAGAACCUGCUACCUUCCCAUAUCCUCCAGGAGAAAACGAUAAAGAAAAAAUUCGAAAUGCAAGAAGAUUGUUUUUAGUACAUAAAAUCCCUUAUUUCAGCAGUGAGUCCAUCCUAAAAAAGUACUUACAAAAUCCACUUCGUAUUCUUCGUUUCUGCCCCAAAGUUCUCAAACCGCACAUAAAUCCCUACCAUCUAGAUCCACAUCAUCCUGUAGUUUCUUCUUUCGCCAUGGAAGUUUGGAAAAAUAUCGAUAAGUCACCAAAGGAGUUGGCGGUUCACGAAGAGAUAAAUAUUCUGUCACAGGCCAUUUUUGAAAUAGAGCACAAGGCUAAAGUCAACAAUCUGAUCAACUACGGCGGAUGGGUUAUAGAUGGAGUGUCGCUCAACUCAUAUCUGUGGCAAGGCCUUUGGGAACGAGGACUCAGCUCCACAUUCGUCGUAUACCUGCAAGAUCCGGACAUGGAAUCUUUCUCGAUAAAGGUGAACAAUAAAAGGUACGUGGAGCAAGAAGAGAGGUUCACCGCCAUAGAGAAAACUUUAGAUGAACUCGACUUCAAAAAAUCACAUCAAGAGACCGAGGAGGAAGUUUUAAAGGAAACUUGCAAAACUAAUUCCAUGUUCAGCGGCAUCCAAUUACAAAAUUAUGAAGACUUGGUAUCAUCAGAUUCGGAAGACGAGUACUCGAUUGAUGUAAAAAGAAAAUUAAUCUAUUCGCACGAUUCAAUCGAACAAUUCAUCGCAUUGGACUCAAUUACGCUCAAAAGCGCCUCCCAUAAAAGAGAAAAGAGUAUGGUUUCUAAGAUCUCUUUCAGUUUUGUGCCGGAUACUGGAUAUCAAGACGCAAAUAGGCAUAGUCGGAUUACGACAAACAGUCAUUUGUCGAACCGCAGCUCGACCGAAAGCAGAGAUUCGGAUGAGCUGAACAAAUCUGUCCGCCUAGCGGAAAAAUACAGGCCAUCACUGGCGGCUGGGUCGAUGCGAAAGAAAGGGGAUUCGAGGGAUAUGAUCGAUACAGGAGAAAAUCCCCUAAGUCCAACCGAAUACUUCCACCCUGAAUGUCAAUUUCUAAAAAUGAACUUCACCAAGAAGAAACAUAAACUCUCGGACAUAUCUCUCUUGCCAAAGCUUAUUUUUGAAAAACACAUUUAUAAUCCGAGAGAAUGUAAUUACAAACUGCCUGAAGUGACAGAACUGUACAACGAACUCGCAGACUGGAACUCGGAGAUAAAAAGCAAGAUUUUCAAACAUUUCCAAGACCAACGACUCAUAAUGGAUGAACUUCGCAAUGAUGUAAUACAAUCGGGAUUAAUGAAAAGCAACAUGUACUACAGACGAUACGUAGGGCGUACAGAUCCUAUAAAGUAUAUUACGGAUUUUUAUGAUGUGAUUGAUGGACCAGGAGCAGUACAUAGAACAAAGUCACCGCUUACAUCCACUUUUUUCACAGACCAUCCAGAAGAAGUGGAAGAACAUCCAGGUGAGCAUGAAGGUGAAGGAGAACAACCACAACCGCCGGCUGCUGAGAAAACUGACAAAUCAGUCAAAGAAACCAUGGAAUCUUGGGCGCUCAUGGGCAAAUUUCACGACAAGGCGAUUGAGCUUCAUGAACUAUGGACAGAUCAACUGCAAACAGUACAAACCCCCCUGCCAUAUAAGACUGGUAUAACCCAUACAAAACCGAUUAUCCAAAAGAAGCUGUAUUGGUGUGUAGUGCAUCUGAGAGAAGGAAUGACCGUUCGAGCUCUGAACUUACUAACUUAUUUGCACAAGGAAUACCCAAUUUGUUCAAGGCUGUGUUUGCAAAAAUUUAGAAGAUGGCCUUAUUAUUACACAAACAUAGAAGAACCAUACAGAUACAUUUCUCCUUUGAAGAUAUCUGUGUUAGGAUUACCAGGAAGUGGUUCUAACAAAGUGGCUCAAGUCAUUGCCGAUUAUUUAGGGCUGACUUACAUGAACUUUUUCGACAAGUUUAACGAAAAACUGCUUUUGCCUGGCCAUUAUCCAACCGGGCCUUACUAUGAACAGCCAAAGCUACUUACAAGGCAAUUUUUACCCCCUAACAUCAAUCACACGCUGAGCACUAUGCACUACAAUACGAUUAUGAAUGCAUACUUGAACCACAAGAGACGGAUGCCUCUCAAGCACUGGGUUCAUUUCUACCUGCCAGACUUCAAACAAGGCGGUUUUAUCUACCACCAAAUGCCGUAUUCCAUACAUGACUUCAUCCUUAUGCACGGACUAAAUGUUAUGCCUGAUAUAAUCAUCAAUAUCAAAAGGAAAAGAAUGCUUUGCAGAAAAAGAUUGGAGAAUAAAAUCCUUGAGAUGUGGAAAAGAAGAACAAGGGAGUUGAAUAAAGCAAGAUUAAUUUCAGAUCAAGAAACUAGGGUGUACUGGAAAGCUUUGUACCUUCUUAAUUUCUGGAAAUAUUUAAGAAUACUUGUUGACUUUUUUCAAGAUUUAAAGAGGUUAAAUGAAAGGUUAAAAGAUGUUCCUGUUCCUGAAGUCGCCGGGGAAGAAGAAGUGAAUACUGGCUCCAAGGUGGAGUUGGUUGAGGUUGAAGCAACAGAACCAUUGUUCAUGUCUGUCUUGGGGUCAAUGAAAGUCAAGAAAAUAUUCUAUAUGCCACAUACUUUGCGCAGUACAAAACGUGUCAAAUACUCUAUCAAAUACAUUCAAAAGCCUCAGAGGGAUGAUACAACCAUGUCAGAAGAGGAAGACACUACCUCCGAUUCGAGGCAGAGUUGGGGAGAUUCUAUUGAUAACUCUUUCUCGUUUCGAGAACCGUUUCAAAAUUAUGACGAAUUUAUUCCAACUCCCGUCGAUGAAGAAACAGCUCUGGCACUGUACAGAAGAGAGACAUUGGCUGAAAAACUGAGAAAAAAAGUGGAAGUGAAAGGGAAGCCUGUCCAACAGAGCAUACUGAGCGGUUCGAGAAAAAUUAAAUCACUGAACAUCCAGGAAGAUCAUAGAACCUCAGAGGAUGAGAUAAAACAAGACUCAUUUGCUUCUCUCAAAAGAAUCCAAGGGACAUGUAAACUUGUAACUAAAUCACUUCUCGGCCAUAGUACACAUGUUCUCAAUCCAGAUGAGAUGCAGCGUUUUCGAAAAAGUUUGAUUGGGAUACAAAUGUUAAAAUCGAAGGUUAAAAACAAAUAUUUACAUCUACUAGAAAUUGACGCAAGUUGCAUUUUCAAGAGACUGAAAGCGUUACUGAAAAAAGCAAUGCAUUUUGACCCACACUUCAAUGAAACUGGAAUGAGUGCAGCUUUGCUUUACAUCGCUGAUGAUGAAGACCCGAAUAAAGUUCAAGUACUCGAUUUAGAAGGUGUAUCACACCUCACUGACCUUAAAGAGGAGGUUGACAAGCUCUUUGCAGAUCGAACUCUAGAUCAUAGAAUCACAGAAAGCUUAACAUUAAAAGGAAUUCAGGCAGAGCUGGUGAACCGGUUUCCGGUUCUGAACGAAUUCAGGAACCGAAAGUUCAUGCCAUCAGAUGGCGAAAGGUUGCUGGGGCUUAUUGAAAAAUACCGUGAUAUAAGCCGCUUCACCCCUUAUGUAAUUACGUACAUGAACAACAAAUAUCCAAAGCCGAUGCUCCUUGGGUUACUCAAGAACGAAGUACAUAAAGACGAGUUCAAAGAAAUACUCGCAAGGACGUUGAAGAAAGAAUUUCUACAAAUUAAGCGAAUGCGGAAUUACUCAAAACUUUUUGGAAACGCGUGGCUGGAUGUGAAGCCAGGACGACGUUCCAUGAAGACAAUCAUGAAGACUUUGCUCAAUUACAGAAUGCCACACGGUGAAACUGUGUACAACGUUGAUUUUAAAUAUGUUGAACAGUAUAUUGAUAAUGGCACGUUCUACUUGAGCAAAUUUGGAAGACGCUGUCCAGUCGAGUGCUUUGAAAAGAACUUGCUUUACCACAAUGACUUACUACCGAGCAAGCCCAUCGUAGUCGCUCAUAAAAGAUAUGUUUAUUUUCUGAGUUCGCCGGAAGCCAAAGUCAAAUUUACAGAGAACCCAUUGAAAUACAUAAAACAUAGCCAGUACUGCAUAAAUAUUCCUAUAAGCAUAAUGAUAAUAGGGCCAGAACUCAGCAGGCGAAUCAAAGUCGCAAAAUAUUUUGAAGAGAAGUAUAAUUUUGAGAUUGUGACAGUGGACAUCGCAAUGCGCUUCCUAUUCCGCAACUUUCCAAAUAGUUCAUUGGGCAACUUGAUAUAUGAAUACCUCAGGAGAGGACUAGGCAUUCCGAUUAUCUUGGUUUACCAAGCCGUAGACUUGUAUAUUUCAACAUGUGGAAGGUGCACGAGCUAUGGAUGGGUUUUUGUCGGGGCACCAGGCACACAUGAAUCCCUCUGUGUGUUGAAAGAGCUGGGACUCAUUCCACAUCUACUUUUAGUGGUUGACCUGACCGACAAAACAGCAUACUACAACAGCAUCGAGCGAAAGAAGGAUGGGAAAUUGAAAAAUGGAAAUAUUGAUUUGAAAUUCUUAAGACACAUAGAUAAAAAUGUAGCUGAGAAAAAUUUUAAGGUAUGGAGAUGUAAAGAAAUACAGACAAGGAUAGCUAACACUUGUAAACAGGCUGUUAGCUUUUAUAUAGCAAAAGGGAAUUUUUACCCACUUUACAGUGCGAUCAUGUUGGAAAUGGCAAUGGACAAAUUGUACAAUGCGCUUAAAGCGUCUCAUUAUUUUCGAUAUUAUUCAGCGGAAGUCGCUUCUCCAAUCUCGACUUUUAACAGAAUCGACAGGCUGUCGUUCACUCUUUCCAGCUCGGACUUGCACGACCAUUGUGCUUUGUGUUGGGAGUGUGAAGGGAUACUUGUAAAGUCACCUGAUGUCGGCAUUAAUGACAAUGUUUUUCAAGUCAAUAACUGGUCGUACUGGUUUUGUCCCUGGCAUAAGAAUCAGAUGUAUGUCGUCCCUCCGAAUCUAAAUCUGUACGACAGUGCAAAGCCGUUAGCGAUGCUGCCCUUCCGUAUCAACAGGCCGGUUGUCAAGAAAAUUUUAGACUUUCCAUACUGCAUCACAUGUUACAAAAAUGACUCUGACAAAGUAAAGUCAAUGAAUGGUGAACGCUAUGUGCCUGGAAAUAAGAAAUGCAUAUUUACAUGUGGCGGCCGGGUCUUGAGCACCUGCAGGGAAGAGUGUCUGGCUAAAUUUUACAAAAGGGCUAACCACUAUAUGACUGCAAUUGCCGGCUUCUACGAAAUACUGGAAUGCGAAGACCUAGAUGAAAAUUUUCAAUUAGACCAAGCAGUCGAAGUCCCAAAGCGUUUCUGGCCUCCUGCGAUGAAGUACCCCACUUGGUUUGUUUUGACUAAAGACUUACAAGUUCCCAAACUCCCUCAAGUUGACGAAAUUAUAGAAUACAACCCGAUGUCUAUCUCGGAAAAUUCAAUCAUUGAGUUUGAAGAGCUCCCUUUAGAACCUUCAACGGUGAGGUCAGAAGAAAGUAUCAUUUGGAGGCCGGAGAUCUCUAUCGUGAAUUCAGGAAGCCUCGAAAUGAUCAUGUUGUUUGAAGAGAAUAAGCUCAAUCCUCCAGCGAAUAAAGAGGAAGAUGCUCUAGAAAUAGAGAAAGAAAUGAACUCUUUCAAGUAUGUAGAUGAUUAUCGUGAACUGGAUGAUUAUUCUUUCACUCACGCGCUCAAGUACUUUAAUCAUUUAUACAACAACAAGGGUGAUAUGAACCCUGCUGAACUUAAAGAUUGGAAGGAUGAAAUGGCACAAGAGGUCAGUAAAUUUAAUAUGACUUCAUCUCAAGAAGAAAUGCUUUGGAAUUUUAUACUAAAACUUAAAGAGCAACAUGAGAAGAAAGAAGAAGAAGUGGCUGUGUGUACAGAGGAAAUGGAAAUUACAAUUCACCAAAUCAGCAGCUCAGAAUAUUUACCCUCAUCUCUUUCCGAUGAAUUUAAAAAAAUUGAUUUGGCCGAGUCUGAACAUUUCGAAGGUGCAUCCUACUACUUGAAUGAAGAGAGCAAUUUCAAACUUGAUCCGUACUCGGCCUAUGAAGAUGCCAGUGAAGCUUCGUGUAUAAAAUUACAGGCAGAAUUUACUUCGCAGGCUACUGAAUCUGAGUGGUAUUCAGGAAGGCAAUCCGAGGAAGAGGCAUCGGAAUUUGCAAGCACUGUAGUCAGUACCAUCGGAGGCUUUCAAAGUGAAAUACCAAGCGUGACCGAGGACAUUAUAGAAGAAGAUUUUGUACCAACCACAGUUUCUACUUUUGAUAGUAAUUUUAAUAAAAGAUACAAUGAAAAUUAUUUUAUAAAGAAGUAUCAAGGAGAAGGGAAGUCGUACCCGUAUAAACAUUUUUAUGGUGGGGAGUAUGCAGGAGAGGGUCGGAUAAGACUGCCUCCUAAAGUCGUCGACACUUUUUUUAUCGAGCCGGAAGAAAGUUUUGAAGAAUUUUUCCCGUAUCUUGGUAAAUGUGAAUAUAAGUUUACAAGUGGAAUGUCCUUAGAUACAGUGCCUUAUUCUGACAAAGACAAACCUAUAACUAUAUCAGAAGAGAAAUCAUACGCCAUCGACUUUCCCAAAUCGCCUACUAGCACCACGAUGGGAGAAACGUUCAAAGUCAAUGUUUUUGCAAGUGAUCAAAUGUACAUCAAAUACAUAACACAAACUGAUUUAGAAGACGAACCAAAUUUAUGUCUAGACGUUCAAAAUACAAUCGAACAGAUGAAAGAGAUCAGAGAAGUGUACAAUGAGGAAAAGGUGAAAAAUCAAAAUCUCGCUUAUUUGGCUGAAACAAUAUCAGAUAUUGUAUGUAACAAUAAUUCUACAACCGCAAAGAACAAGCUUUACCAGAAGCUUUUCAAUUUAGGCCAAGUGUUGCAUAUAAAUGUCAACCAUGACCAAUUUCCAAGGAGUUUGAACUACGACAGGAAGACGCAAACGUUCUUCAACAUGAGGAGCAACCCGUUUUUGGGAAUGGGGGUCCUUGCACCGUACUUUUUGGGCCCGGGUUUAAAAGCCCUCUGCCCCCUCUGUGCGUUCAGUUCGAUCACUUCAAAAACCAAAUAUGAAUCGGCUUUGACAGUCACACCGUUUUGUUGCUUCACAGAAUUUGAGAUAGCCAACAAUUUAAACGAAACGAUUGAUCAUUAUAAUGAGUUAGACAUAGAACCAGAAUAUAAACCUUCAAUCUCUUAUGAUUCGCUAAACCCCAAUUCAUCAAAAAAUCUGUUUGAUCAAAUUGACGAGAUAUAUGAAGAAAUUGAGGUAUUCGAUUUUGAAUGUAAAGACGAAGAAGAGGAGAUGGAAGAAGAGGAAUGGUUAUAUCCAAAUGAAGUUUUAUAUGAAAAUGAAGAGUGGGAAAAUUGUGAGGAAGAAUCUUUGGACCUUUUUGGCACAAAUGGUCAAAGGACUGAAGAAGGAGACGAAGAUAUGAUAUGCCAUAAAAAAUGGUAUGAGAAAGUAACAUUUAAACCGAAGCUGGUCAAAGGCUAUCCUUGGUAUUAUUUCGACUGCGGUGAAGAGAUGGAAGAGGAAGAAAACGUGAGAGAACAUCUUAGCCUUCAUUCUUUUAAAAAAUCUGUCCACAAUCGCCCGGUUUCUGCAAAUGAAGGUGGUCCGACAAUAGACGUAAUUGAGACAGUGGACGUUAAAACACAACUGACACAAUGCUCUUCUGACAGUGAUGUUGUAGAAGCAAGAGAACAAAUGAAGAAAAUGAAACAGAUUGCACUAAUGAAGUACUGCGUUCAAAAAGCCGAAAGAAGAGUGACGAUAUUGGAUGAGUACAAUAACAUACACUACUACUCUCCGGAAAGCUAUGAAAUAAUGGAGGAAUAUUUGGAACUAUCGGAAGCUGACCUCCAUCUUUUGGAGGAUGAAGAUGAAGGUUCUAGUGUUGAUGAAAACAUCGAAAUGUGCGAACUGCUCCAAUCAUUACAAGUCAAACGUAAAACCUAUGAGGAUGACGGAGGACGUGCGAGCAUACUGUACAUGGUAAAGACAAUGCUCGAACGAUUCAUCUUUAACAGAUCGAUGCUGGACAUGAUUCAAGAUCCAUUCGAUGUGACAACUUUUUCUGUUGAUUCUCAGUAUUAUGACAAUAUAGUCGAUCCUGGAUUGAUUCCACAUUGGCUUGAAAAAUAUCAUGAAGAGACUCACAUAUUGCCAGAUGCAAUAGAACUUCUCACAUUACUAAAAGAUGAUGUUUAUGCUGAGUACAUUAUUGAGAUUCUGAGAAACUGGGUUAAAUCAUACGCCUAUGGUAGUUAUAAUCUGCACCACUUUUUUGAUUUGCUGAAAGCUACCAAGUGCAGGAAAAAUGAAUACAAUAUUUUGGGAUAUAAGUGUUUGGAUAAACCAUUGAAAAACAGUAGUAUUUGGGACACGAUUCUGACAUUAGAGAGGGCCAAGAUGCCGUUGGACCGUAUCACUACAAAUGCUGCAAUGGAUGCCCUGCAUAGAAGCAGGUUUAUGAAAGAUCAAGUGAUGGCAAUGAAAAAGAGAUUUCUUAUUGAUAUAAUUCGUAAAAAGAUAAGAGAUCUAAAAAUGAAAUGGACGAGAAGGAUGAUUCAGCACAAAUCGGCCUGGCAAAAGAAGAAUGAAUUUACUAAACUAGUUUCAGAAGAAGGUAAAGAAGCUGCUUACAAGUCCGUAUAUGGUGGGGAAAAGGAGAAAAAGCGCAAGAAGAAGAGGAAGAGCGGCAUGAGAAUGAGCGAUAUGACAAGAGCGGAGUUCCUCAAAAAGAUUAAAAAACCAAAAGGCAAGAAGGAGUCUUUGUUUGAAAAGGACCUGCGUGAGUUCCUGACGACUUUGGCAUACGAUCUACCACCAGGCGAACGAUCACCUGAAAUGGACAUCCAGGAAAGAAUACUCGACAUUUACAUGAAACGGCAUCCCAAGUUUUAUUGGAUGGAUUCUCUUGAUAUCCCACCAAAAAUGACAGAUGCUUUUUUUUCUACCUGUGAACCAGAUGAGCUCCCUCAUCCAUAUAAUGAACCAUAUUGAUAAAAUUUAUUUAGUUAUCAAUAAAUAUCAUUUUCAAGUAAA